CUUCGGGCCCGCCAAAUGGGAGGGGGAGACGCAAGAUGGCGGCAGCCGCGAACUCCGGCUCCAGCCUCCCGCUGUUCGACUGCCCGACUUGGGCAGGCAAGCCCCCACCUGGCUUGCAUCUGGAUGUAGUGAAAGGAGACAAGCUAAUCGAGAAACUGAUUAUUGAUGAGAAGAAGUAUUACUUAUUUGGGAGAAACCCUGAUUUGUGUGACUUUACCAUCGAUCACCAGUCUUGCUCUCGAGUCCACGCGGCACUGGUUUACCACAAGCACCUGAAGAGAGUUUUCUUGAUAGAUCUCAAUAGCACUCAUGGCACUUUCUUGGGUCACAUUCGGUUGGAACCUCACAAGCCUCAGCAGAUUCCCAUUGACUCCACGGUCUCAUUUGGUGCAUCCACAAGGGCAUACACUCUGCGAGAGAAGCCUCAGACGUUGCCAUCAGCUGUUAAAGGAGACGAGAAGAUGGGUGGAGAGGAUGAUGAGCUCAAGGGCUUGCUGGGACUUCCGGAAGAGGAGACCGAGCUUGAUAACCUGACAGAGUUCAACACUGCCCACAACAAACGGAUUUCAACUCUCACUAUUGAGGAGGGAAAUCUGGACAUUCAGAGACCAAAGAGGAAGAGGAAGAACUCACGAGUAACUUUCAGUGAGGACGAUGAAAUCAUCAACCCAGAGGAUGUGGAUCCCUCUGUCGGUCGCUUCCGGAACAUGGUGCAGACUGCAGUGGUCCCAGUCAAGAAGAAACGGAUGGAGGGCUCUGGCUCUCUGGGCCUGGAGGAGACAGGAAGCAGGCGCAUACAGAACUUUGCCUUCAGCGGAGGACUAUAUGGGGGCCUGCCCCCCACACAUAAUGAAACAGGCUCCCAACCGCAUGGCAUCCAUGGGACAGCACUCAUCGGUGGCUUGCCCAUGCCAUACCCGAACCUCGCCCCUGAUGUGGACUUGACUCCUGUUGUGCCGUCGGCAGUGACCAUAAACCCCACACCAAACCCUGCAGUCUAUAACCCUGAAGCUGUAAACGAACCCAAGAAGAAGAAAUAUGCAAAGGAGGCUUGGCCGGGCAAGAAGCCCACACCUUCCUUACUGAUUUGAUAUUUUUGGUUAUG